AUGUCUCUUCAACCUCUUGUAGAAGAACUUCAACAAUUAUUCCCUUUUGUUGAUCCUGAAAUUAUUAAAACUGCUUUAAUUGAUUGUAAUUACGACAAAAAUGCAUGUGCUGAAUUAUUAUUUAUGGCACAAGAAAAUGGAUCAAAUGAAGUCCCAACAUUUAUUGAUCCAACUGUUGAUCACCACCAAGACGUCACAUUAGUUUACAAAGACUCUGUUGUAACAAUAAACCGGGACCAAAUGGUUGGUGACUCUAAUCCAACAAAUAAACCUCGAGCCAAUACAUUAAAUGAAGAGUAUAAAAAAGCUGCUGCUGAAGAUGAAGAAGCAGCAGAAAAAGGAAUUAUUCCAUCAACUGUCAUGAUUGAUACUGAAGAAAAAGCUUAUGAAAAAAAACAACGUAAACACAAACAUCAAGGCAAAAGAAAAGAGAAGUACUCACUUCUAGAUUCAGAAGUUAGAGAUGAUGGUGAUUUUUAA